AUGUCUACACCUUCCUCACCCACCAUUUGUGAUGAUGAUGCAACCACUCAGACUACAAUUCCCGCCACUCCUGAAAACGAUAUUUUAAAUCAAUCUACCCAGAACGAGCAUAGUAUAAUUGAUCUGACUCACACCAACCAAAUUUUGGUUCCUCCAACUCGUACCAGUAUAUGUGGUUAUGUUCCAGGCCCUAAAUUUUUGCAUAUUGCUUCAAGUUUACCAGGCUUUGAACAUCGCAGUGAUAAAUAUAUCUACAACUAUAAAGGUCUUCAUAUCCAAAAGAUUUUUGAAACCAUUCAAAGAAUUCUGCUCUGGUUCAGCCCUAGUUAUAGAGCUUGUCGAUUCCCAUGCAGCCAAUAUUCUGAAGGUUGCCGUGCUUAUAUAAGCUUACUGAAUGAUGAAACACCAGAACUAGAAUGGAAAUAUAAUCAUAAUCAUGAUUGUUUGUCAGAUCAAUACUUUGUUGAUAACAAUGAAGAAUUAAAGAUGCAAAAAUUUAUACUUGAACACUAUCUAGAAUUGGAUUGGGAAGAUCAGAGAAUAAAGUAUUGUGAAAAUUUAAAUCGAAGCAAUUUGUUAACGUUUGAUCUGUGUUAUGGUAAGAUUAAUCUAUUAUAUAAGCACAUAUAUUAUAGAAUUCAUCAACACGAUGAUCGUGCAAAUGUUGUGGAAGACUUUAAAAGAAAACCAAAUGUUUUUCAAGACAUUCAAUUUAAAGAAUUCGAAAACCAUAGAUUAGAUUUAGUUAAUCCAUGGGCUGUUAUCCUUUUUACAGAUUCUGCUGGUAAAGAUGAGAUCCUUCAUGUUAAUUGUGUUGAUGGACUUGCUAUAGAUAUUGUGCCCCCUAAGAAACUUAAAGACCACAAAGGUACUAUUACAUUGUUAAGUGUGAUGUCACGUUCCAAAAUUACUGGUAGAGAAUCUCCCAAAGGUUUCAUGGUUACAAACUUAAUAUGUGAGCAAACUUUAUCAUAUUUUUUUGAUAAAGGCAAGAAUUAUUUCCAAAAUGCAAGGGGUAUUGUUAUUGAUUGUGAUCAUGAUAUAUUAAAUUCUGUUAAGACAUACCUUCCAAAUGUAAGGGUCACCUUAUGUCCACUCUCAGUGAAUGAGGUCCUUUGUCAAACAUGGAAACGAAAUGAGAAUUCAUUACCAAAUUUUAUCUUUUUAACUGAUUUUUUUCAAAUGGCAUCAACUAAACAAAGAGAAGUUUUCUCUAUGGAAUGGAAAGAUUUCAUGUCUAAUUUUGGUUCAUCAGAAAAGUGGAGAAAAUCCCUUCAAUGUUGGUAUGACUUUAAGGAAUAUUGGCAAGUAUCUUAUUCCGAAUUGCCUUCAGAAAGCAAUCAGUUUGUUAUUCAAUUUCAUAAUAUCUUGAAAGCCAAAUACAUUGGACGAUUUGCUUGGAAAUAUUUCUCACACCUUCUUGAGUCACUUAAUAAUCAUUUGACGCAAAUCAAUUUAGUCUUUGACAUUGUAAUAGAUAAGGUUGAACCAAGAAUUUUAUCGCAGAUUGAGAACAAGAUUUGGAAAAAAUUAGUACUUCAGAAACAAAGUUCCGAUAUAAACGUUGCUGAUUCCCUUAUUAGAAUCAAUCAGUCUACCGAAGAUGAAACAUCUAAUAAUGUUGAAGAAGUUGGAACCUACCAAUACAAUUGUUCUUGUGAUAAAGAGUUCCCAUUUCAGCAGUGGUGUGAACACAUCUUGAGCUAUAUUAUCAACAACGAAGAUUAUGAUGAUCUUACUUUCUACUUUAAACCUGGACAAGAUGGUUAUGUGUUCCCUGAUGUUUACCAUGCUAAUCCUUUUAAUGUGGAGGCUGUUCCUGAAUCAAUCCCAAUAUUUCCAGAUAUCAAUGUUGAAGAGGAAGAAUAUGGAGUAUUCACUCAAAUAGAUCCUAAUCAAUUUCAAGAUGACGAAGAUGAGAAUGGAAACAAACUUGGAGUACAACUAGAUCUGAAAUGCUCUAAUUUUCCACUGUUUAAUAACAGAAUUAAAAGAGCUAUUAGACAACAAUCUUUAGAUAAAGUUAAAAAGAUAAAACUUAUUAAUCAUAUGGAUGGGAUUGAGAGAAUCCUAAACCAGGUAGAUAAUGUUGAUUAG